AUGCCGGCAAGACAGAGCUUGGAUAAGAGCCCGGCCGUUCCGACGGCUGUGGCUCAAAGAGCUUCUGCAGGGAAGCAAUCCUCAGGAACUUCCUUAUUAAUCCGGCUUUGGCCAGUCAUUUCCUUUUUGAUCAUCGUCAACUUCAUCUUGCAGACCUACCUCUAUUUCGGCAAUUCGAAACGGCUUCCUGGCAAGCUCAACACUGCAAAUGUCGAUGCAGAUAACGAUGUUUAUCUUCUUGGCGCUGGUCGCGCAGAUAUUACCGGUCCGGUUGUGGAGAUCAACAUGAUGGGAUAUGCAGAUCCCAAACAGCUUGGAACCGGCCUUCGCCAGAGGCUCUAUGCUCGUGCUUUCAUCAUCGGAAGCGUCGAUCAACCGGACGAUCGAUUCAUCUAUGUCGUUCUAGACACACAGUCCGGGGACACCGCGGUCCGGUAUGGCGUUUUGCAUGGCCUUGCAGACCUUGGCUAUGAGUAUUCCAUGUACGGCCAUCACAAUCUAGCUCUCACCGGGACACACUCCCACUCUGGACCGGGUGCUUGGCUCAACUAUCUUCUGCCACAAAUCACCAGCAAGGGCUUUGACAAGCAGAGCUACCGGGCUAUCGUUGACGGCACUUUGCUCGCCAUCAAGCGUGCCCACGAGAGCUUGGUGCCUGGCCAUCUCAGCGUUGGAACUACCAAAGUCAAGGGCGCCAACAUCAACCGAAGCUUGUAUGCGUACAUGGCAAAUCCUGAGGAGGAACGUGCCAAGUACAACAUUAGUGCCGAAGAAGACGGCUCUGUCGAAAAGGACUUGACAUUGCUCAAGUUCCAAAGAGCAUCAGAUGGCAAGAGCCUUGCUGUUUUGACGUGGUUUCCUACGCACGGCACGUCGAUGCUCGGCAACAACACUCUGAUUUCGGGAGACAACAAAGGCGUGGCAGCUUGGCUCUUUGAGAAAAGUGUCCGUGGGCAAGAUCACGUAACGUCGAAUUUCAUCGCCGGCUUCUCCCAGGCCAAUAUGGGGGAUGUCAGUCCAAACGUUCUCGGCGCUUGGUGCGAAGAUGGCAGUGGUUCGCAAUGCGACUUCAAGACCAGCACCUGCGGUGACGGCAGGAGCCAAAAGUGUCACGCCCGAGGCCCGUUCUUCCGAGAGAAGGAUAACGGAGCCAAGUCCUGCUACGAAAUAGGCAGAAGACAAUUCGAUGCCGCCAGGAGGCUGUAUGACGAAAUGGGUGACAAUGCUAAGCGAGUACGCGGAUCGUGGGUCAAGUCGUUCCACACUUUCCACAACAUGUCCGACUUCCAGUUCGAGCUCCCCAACGGCACUGAGGUGCGGACUUGUCCUGCGGCACUCGGAUACUCGUUCGCUGCCGGAACCUCUGACGGGCCUGGCGCAUUUGACUUUACCCAGCACGAUUCGAACUCUUCAAACACAUCCCCAUUGUGGAAGGUCGUUUCUGGCUUGCUGAAAGCCCCGACCCAAGAUCAGCUUGCUUGUCAUUCUCCUAAACCAAUCCUGCUGGACGUGGGCGAGGUUUUCAACCCGUACCAGUGGACACCCAACAUUGUUGACAUUCAAGCUUUCCGAGUCGGCCAGUUGGUAAUCAUUGUCAGCCCAGGCGAGGCAUCGACCAUGGCAGGACGUCGUUGGAAAGAUGCCGUCAGGGGCGAGGCCGAAUCAUUAUUCAGUGAUGAAACGGCACUCAAACCUAUUGUGGUAAUCGGUGGACCGGCGAACAGCUAUACCCACUACAUCACAACUCAACAGGAAUAUGGCAUUCAAAGAUACGAAGGUGCAUCAACGUUGUAUGGACCUUACACGUUGGACGCGUACAUCAAUCGCACUCUGACUUACCUGCCCACGCUGGGCGCCUCAUCAGCAAAGACGCCGCCGUCGCACGCCGGGCGUCCAUACCCUCCGGACAAUAGCGACCGUUCCUUGAGCUUCAUUACUGGCGUUGUCCGCGACGGCACACCAGUCCUCCGCAGUUUCGGCGACGUGAAGAAGGACGUGGAACAGAAGUAUUCGAUUGGCGAUGUGGUGCGUGCCACAUUUGUCGGAGCCAAUCCCCGGAACAACCUGCGUCUUGAAGGAACCUACGCUGCUGUCGAGCGUCUCGUCAUCGAUGUUGGCGGAAUUAAGAAGUGGGACAUUGUUCGAGACGACCAGGACUGGAGUCUGAUAUUCCACUGGAAGCGAAUGAGUGAUCUCUUGGCCACCAGUGAGGUGGAGAUUACGUGGGAGACGGAAGGGGAUGUGGAAGCAGGAACAUAUCGCUUCCGGUAUUAUGGCGACUCCAAGUCGUUGGGCGGCACAAUCACCAGCUUCGAAGGGGUUAGCGGGCAAUUUGGACUGCACUGA